AUGAACAACGAUCUAAAGCUGGCGCUUUCCCCCGACAAGUUUGAGACCUUAACCUAUGCCUCUCACGGUGGCGUGAAGGAAAAGGCGAUUUUCCUCGAACGACCACGCGCUGCAGUGGUGGGGACUGUGUUUGUUGAUGACCCUGAGAGGUUGUCCCCCCGCUUGGUCCAAAUCGUUCGCGAUACAGCACUUGUGAUUUCUUCGAGCUUCGAGGUGGACAUUGACGGUAUGAAGAAUAUCGUCAAACUUCGUGGGCAAUUGGGUUUAAUCCGCGUGGAAGAGCUGGCCCGUUCCCCAGAUGCAAAGAGGGCUCGAACGAGUGAUGACGUAGUAGCGACUCAAGUCUUCCUCCGGUACAGCGUUGAUCCUGCUACAGCCAGACGCAACAUCAUGAACCAGACUAUUCUUUUCCCCGAUGGACCUUCCCAUUACGGAGUGUACCAACAGGCUACUAUUUCCAGCGUCACGCACCAGCCGCAAGAAACGUUAGUUGAGUUUCCUGACGGAGGGGUGGUCCCUGAUCCUGAUGAAGUGGUCCAAGUCCGUCAAGGCAGCACUACUCUUGACCCAAUUACCUGGAAAUUUGUCGACAAAACCACGGGAAAGCGGAUUGGCUCAGAUGAGAGGCGUCAUGAAUUCACGAAGGCGGCAUAUUCCUUCAAAAAGGCGGUAAACUACCAAGUCACUGCAGGUCACAAGAUUGGAAUGGUUGUUUGGCGGUGGUGGGACAUCGACAAGAAGGAUGCGCAGUAUACUGGGACCGACCAGUCGUGGCUUGAGAAACGCAAGGAACUCUUUGGUGCGAAAGGAAGUCCUUGUGUUUACACUGGAGAGAUUGUCCGUGUUUCCAAUGAUAGCCGAGCUUUUGAGCACAACAUAAACUCGUUCAAAGGCUGUUCAGGCGCCAUUAUCUUCUUGCUGGACCGGAACCAGCCAGAUGGCUUUGAUGAAGAGUGGUCUGAUUGUGCCAUUGGGAUUCACGUUGGUGCUGCUCCGGCGGGUAUCUUAGGGUCUGAGGUGAGCCUCGGUUUUUCGAUCCCUUGA